AUGGAGCCACCAUACAGCUCAGCGGCGUCUGCUAACAUCGAGGUGUGGAGGAGUGGCCCGGAAGAUCCUUCACCCCCACCAAACAUUUUUUUUGAUACGCCCGUGAGAGGAGAACACGGAGACUCCGGCAUGUCUUCCCUGAACCUGGCACCGCUGGAGCUUGAGACAUUACCCAAUUUUUUCUCCGUGCCUCCCUGCCCUCCUUACAAAUAUGGACAUCUCAGUGACAGAGACCACCCACCUAAAGCUCCACAUGAGAUAGCGGACGCCCUGCUGUCACUGAAACACGCUGUAGUUCACCCAGACCUACGAGGGUCGCUCUCCCCUUUGUCUCCCCCGCCCCACUCGGCCGGACCCAUGCCGCAUCUCAGUCACUCUGCCUCAUACAGCUCCUCACAGACCAUGACGGGCUACAGCAUCCCGUCCCCUGGACCUCACGGCUACCACCACAACCACCCGUACUCGCACGCACCGCCCCAGGGGCUCGCCUACGCUGUCAACCACAACCCCUCAGUACCGCAAGGUUCUUACGCCCCUCAGAGCUUAGUGCCCUCGUCACACGCCCAAUACUCUCAAUACCCCGAAGCUUGCCCCAGCCCAAACCUACAACCGUCCUCAGUGCAGACGGCGAACGUACACUUUCCUGCCAUGAGCGUCAAUGUGUCUAUGAGUAUGAACGUGGGUGUUCCACCUCCGUUGGGCCCGGGGCCUAGCCAGUACAACUGUGGACCUGGAUCUAGCAGUGCAUGUGGUCCGGGGCAAAACUGGGCCUUACAACCGCCCAGCCCACCUCCUUUGCCACCCCCGCCCUCCGCGGCCAUCCCGCAGUACCACCACUCAUCGCCUGUGUCUAGUCUACAGAGCCAUUGCGGCGGCAGCUACCCAAACCAAACCCACCCUUUUUCUCACUUCACCACCGACUACAGGUCAAUGCCACCAGACCCACGCACGGCUGUGUAUUACAAACCGGUAUCAGAUUCCUAUAAAGAGAGCAAGUUUUGUCAGAUGACCCAUCAUCACCACCACCAUCACCAGCACGUCUUGAAGCGCACGCGGUUCCCUCCGGACCGCUCUCUGUCCACGGGAUCGGGACUCGACGGUGGCCUCAUCAAGACCAACCUGUGUCGAUUCUGCGGCAAGACGUACGCGCGUCCAAGUACUCUGAAGACACAUCUGCGCACACACUCUGGAGAAAAGCCUUACCGCUGCAGCACAUGCAACAAAGCCUUCUCCCAGGCCGCAAACCUAACGGCACACCUGAGGACUCACUCUGGUGAGAAACCGUUCCACUGUCCAGUGUGUGAGAGACGCUUCUCCCAGAGUUCCUCUGUCACCACGCACAUGCGCACACACUCGGGAGAACGCCCCUACCGAUGCAGGAUGUGCAAAAAGGCGUUCUCCGACAGCUCUACCCUGACCAAACAUCUGAGAAUACACAGCGGGGAAAAGCCCUAUCAGUGCAAGCUUUGUUUGCUUCGCUUCUCACAAUCCGGCAAUCUCAACAGGCACAUGAGAGUCCAUUCAAGUAACAGCUGAGAUCGGCAGUUGGUGAAACAUAAACAUAAUUUGAUGAAAAGUGGAUUAGUAUUUCGCAACUCCAUUCAGCUUUGGAAAAGCAGACGUUCCAUACUGGAAAAAUCGCUUUGGUGUGAACAAUUCGUGGCUAGCCACUUAACUGUCGAUUCAUUAUCAAACAUCUCACGAAACAAUCUUUUAAAUAAUGAUAAGAUAAGACCAGAUACCGCAUCA